AUGCGCGUCACAGCCGCCUUCUGGCUCGCGGCCGCGACCCUCGCUAAAGCGGCCUACUGGAUGGAAGACAUUGCCCACCAGGGCAUCUCCCCCUACCACCCGGACCCGAACUACAAGGUCUUCCGUAACGUAAAGGACUUUGGCGCAAAGGGCGAUGGCGUGACGGACGAUACUGCGGCGAUCAAUCUCGCCAUCAGCUCCGGUGAGCGGUGCGCGCCGGGCAAGUGCAAGGGCGAGACGACGUCGCCUGCUACCGUCUACUUCCCUCCCGGAACUUAUCUCAUUUCGGGUUCUAUCAUCGACUACUUUUACACGCAAAUCAUUGGUGAUCCGACCGAUCGCCCAGUGAUCAAGGCCGUGGCCGACUUCCCCACCAACACCACCCUCGGCCUCCUCGAUGGCAACCCGUAUGGCGCGAAUGGCCUCAGCUGGGGCGCGACCAACGUCUUCUUCAGACAAGUGCGCAACCUCGUUUUCGACACCACGUCCAUUCCUGCCUCUGCUGCUGCUUUUGGAAUUCAUUGGCCUUCGUCGCAAGCUACUGCUAUCACGAAUUGCGAGUUCCGCCUUGCUGAGGGCGCGGCGAGCAAGCAUGUCGGCAUCUUCAUCGAGGAGGGUUCCGGCGGCCUUCUCAACGAUCUUGACUUCUACGGAGGUCAAUACGGCGUCAAUUUUGGCAACCAGCAAUAUACUGCUCGUAAUCUUCGUUUCUGGAACGCUCAGGUCGCCAUCAACCAACUUUGGGACUGGGGCUGGACGUACAAGAACAUCUACGUUGAGAACUGCGGCAUCGGCAUCCGUAUGCAGGACAACAGCACUUCUUCAAUCACUCUUUUGGACUCUGAGUUCGUCAACACCCAAACAGCGAUUCGCACUAGCCGUGAGCCCGGCGUUACGGUACCGGUCACGGCCGGCACUCUCGUAAUGGAGAAUGUCGCCUUCUCCAAGGUCCAGACUAUCCUUCUCGGACCCAAAAACAACACCAUCAUCGCCGGAACCUCGAGCGCCACCGUCUCCCAGGGCUUCGCCAUGGGUCACAUCUACACACCUACCGGCCCAACCGACUACACCGGCUCUGAUGCGGGCUACUUCCCCGUCUACCCAGCCCUUCUCGGAACCUCCGCCAACGGCACGACAAAGUACUACGAGCGCUCCAAGCCGCACUACGAAGAUGUCCCCUCAAGCCUCGUUAUCUCGGCCCGCUCCUUCGGUGCUCGCGGUGACGGUGUGACGGACGACACGGUGGCCCUCAACAACCUCUUCAACUACGUCGCCUCGAACCCUGCCGCUGGCCUCCUCGCCUUCGUCGACGCGGGAACUUACUACGUCUCUGACACCGUCUUCAUCCCUCCCGGAGCUCGCAUCGUGGGCGAGGCCCUAGCCUCCAUCAUCAUGGGCGGCGGUGAGAAGUUCCAGGAUAUUGAGAAGCCUCACCCCGUUGUGAAGGUCGCUAUCCCGGGCCAGUGCGGAACGAUCGAGUGGUCUGAUAUGAUUGUGUCGACUCGCGGAUCUGCCCCGGGUGCCAAGGUCAUUGAGUACAACCUCAACACCGUUGGUGAGCCCUCUGGUAUGUGGGAUGUGCAUAUUCGUGUCGGAGGUUUCGCUGGUACGCAGCAACAGCUGAAGGAGUGUCCUACCACUCCUAACGCUACUGUCACCGCGGAUACUAUUGACAAGAACUGCAUUGCGGCAUGGAUGAGUAUGCACAUCACCAAGCCUGCUUCUGGACUUCUUCAAGAGAACUGCUGGAUCUGGACUGCCGAUCACGACCUCGAGGACCCCGACUACAAGCAGGUUACCAUCUACAACGGUCGUGGUUUGCUUAUCGAGUCGACCGCCGGCAAGAUCUGGCUGUCCGCCUCUGGAGUUGAGCACCAUACCCUCUACCAAUACAUGCUCUUCAAGACCAGAGAUGUGUACAUGGGCCAGAUUCAGUCCGAGACCCCUUACUACCAACCCAACCCGCCAGCCACGAUCCCCUUCCCUCGCGUCAAGGGCUACCACGACCCAGACUUCGAGACGGAAUGCAAGGACGCCGACCCCAACGGCCCGCCCUGCAAGAUGGCCUGGGGUCUCCGCGUCAUCGGCAGCCAGAACGUCGUCGCGUUCGGCGCGGGACACUACUCCUUCUUCAACAACUACAGCACGGCGUGCUGCCAGAUUGGCGCCGGAGCCAGGUGCCAGCAGCGCAUCGUCGAUGUGCGCGAUGCGCCGGGUAACUGCACCGCGACUGAUAACUUUGACAUCUACAAUCUGCAGAUUGUGGGCACAACGGCUAUGGUUACGCGGUACGGAAAGGAUGUUGCAUUUUACAAGGAUAAUAUUGCUGGGUUCACGGCUGGUAUUGCCUUGUAUCAGCACUGA